UUAACUAAAAACAAAACCAAUAAAAACAUACAUAAAGCGGCAAAGGUUAGCCUAGCCGUUCGUUCAUGGAGGCUUAAGAAAAUUUGUUCACAAGGUACGAUAUCGUUUUCCGUGUCUUCCAGCUUUUCCAGUUUUGUUCCUAAAUUUGUGUGUUCCACUGAAGUGGGAAGUUGAGAAUGUCUAAAGAGGCAGGCUUAAAUCUUAAGCUCAACAAAAAACUAAAGGUUUCUUUGGGGAAACCUAAGAAUGACAUUAACAGGGAUGCAACUAAACCUAGUGUUGAAAAGGACGGUGUUAUUGGUGGGAAGACCAACUCUGAAAGUAGAAGACUUAAGGAUGAUGGGAGAAGAAUGAGAGUUGAUUCUCAUAAGAAUUUAGAGGCAACCCAUAAGAAGGUUUCAUCUGGAAAACACUCAAAGACGGUCAAGGGUGCCUUAAACAAAGAGAGAAAAAGCUAUGGCAAAGCUUCUCCUCCCUUAGAGAGAGCUACUUCUCGUAACCCUAAGAAUGGCGGCACUAGAGCAAAAGAAAUAGAAAUAGAUAGUACUCCAAAUGAUUCAUCAAAGAAACAUGCCAAUGCCAGAGCCAACUCAACUAAAAAAGUAGUUCGGGUUAGAAAAAGCUUAAAAACUGAUUCAGAAGUUGUAGAUGAUAAGCCGAAGAAAAAAAAGCGGGUAAUCCGUUUAGAUCCUUAUGAUAUCUCAAACAAGCGGCUUGAUGAUGGCAUUGCAACUGAUGAAAGUAAAAAGGACAAGAAAAAGGAUUUGGAAGAAAAUGCUGCCAUGUCAAAGAAUGCGCAAUUCCGUGGAAUACAGCCCAGUCCCUCCAUCCUUUCCUUUGUGGAAGAUAAUUUGUUAGGGCGUAGACGCUCUAUUGAGAUCCAGAGAGCAGGCUAUAACACUGAGCUUUCUGCCCCAUUAGAUAAUAUCCCUUUUUCUACCAAUCCGGAAAGGGAACGCAUUGAGGAAAAUAUAUUUAGGAACAAGUUGCAGUUUUUCGCUGCUGCAAAGGUUUCAUCUUCAUUUCCUGCUCCUGAUAGUCCUGAGAUCGCAUUUGCAGGGAGGUCAAAUGUUGGGAAGUCAUCUCUGCUUAACGCACUUACCAGACAAUGGGGUGUUGUACGGACAUCAGACAAACCAGGCCUCACUCAAGUGCUCUCAAUUUUCUUAAACUGUGUUUUAGUUUCCUGGGAAUUUAUCUUUUUUGUUGAAGUUACAAAAGCUAUUUUGUUGCAGAGUAUUAAUUUCUUCCAGUUGGGAUCGAAGCUCUGCCUGGUUGAUUUGCCUGGCUAUGGCUUUGCUUAUGCAAAGGAAGAAGUUAAGGAGGCGUGGGAAGAGCUUGUCAAGGAGUAUGUUUCAACAAGAGUUGGUCUAAAACGAGUGUGCCUGCUCAUUGAUACAAAGUGGGGUAUGAAGCCUAGAGAUAAUGAACUCAUUGAUCUCAUGGAAAGAUCUCAAACAAAAUACCAGAUUGUCUUAACCAAGACUGAUACAGUGUUCCCAAUUGAUGUGGCACGUCGUGCAAUGCAAAUUGAAGAGGGCCUCAAGGCAAAUAGAUCUGUAGUUCAACCUGUGAUGAUGGUGAGCUCAAAAUCCGGAGCUGGUAUCCGAAGUUUAAGAACUGUCCUCUCUAAGAUCGCUAGGUUUGCCAAGAUCUAAUUGUGGCCAGGUAUCAUCUACUAAUCAAUGGCAUCAGGAAUGACUUCCAACUUGAUAGAUUUACCUUUUGACUAGUUUUAUUUUCCUUGCAGGAUGUGUCCUAGUGCAGAUGGAACUACUUCACUGUUGGCAGGUGACCUGCCCUUGUCGUUGUUGUCAGCUUGAAGUUAUUUAAUCAAAGAGGAAUUGAUAUUAUUAUGUAGAGGUAUUGGUGGGUUGUCUCACUCUUUCUGUAGCAUAAAAUGAAACUGUUUGAGGGAUUUUUAUGAUUGUUUCUCUUUUUUUUGUAAGAUUUCCCAAAAGAAAAGCAAAAUGAAGAAGUGUUGAAAACUUGUUACGUGAUAAACUAGAACUGGUAUUUGACAAGUGAAAGGUGAUAGGACUAAGAUGGGGCUAUUUUUGUGGAGGUGAAUAAUUUGUGUGCAGGCACCAUGACCAAAAAUGUCAGAGAAAAAAGAAAUGGGUGCGUUUGUAAAGUAUAUUUUGCCAGCAAACCAAGUGUUUUGGGCCUUUUUCUUAUAA